UUGUUUUAAUGAUAAAGAAACCGUUAAAUCUCCCCACGCAUUACUUUAUAAUUUUCAAAACAAACUUUAUUUUCAAAGCAAAAGAGUGUGUCGUCAGCAUUGUUUUAUACUCUCAUAAAGCACGCUUUUUUAACCAAUCAGAUUACGCGUUAUAUCUGAACUUUAUUAUAACUACGUUAUAUUAUAAAGGUAGCUUUCAACUUUCUCCUGACAACUCAAUUGACAAUUCAUUCUUUAAGUCUUUCUUGUCUCUUUUCUUCUCAUUUUAGCCUCGUUUGACAAAACAAGCGGCAGACAAAAUUUCCAGUAGUUACUCAGAACUGAGAGACCAGGAAAAUGUUGGUAGCGAGAAAGCAAAGGUAUGUUAAGUGAAGACAAAUCUCUUGAAGUUAUUCAGACACGUUAGUUUGGUUUAUUAUCGCCUUUCCACGUUUAUAGUCGUAAAUCCUCUCCGCGUGGUGCAAAAGCACUGAAUUGACCCAUAAAUAAUGGUUAAAGAGUGAGAGAAUAUUAACAUUAUUGUUUCUCUCCCUCUCAAUGAAUACAAAAUAUAAUAAAGAAACCGUAUUAUGUGUAUUUUUGCGUCAUUCAAUUUUUCAUUCAAUUCUUUUCUUGUAGACAAUGCCUGUUACAGCGCGAACUUUGGAAACGAUGAUUCGUUUAGCAACUGCUCACGCUAAAGCAAGAAUGAGUAAGGAAAUCACAGAGGUCAGUAGUUCAGCUUUUGGCGGAAUCAUUUCUCCUUUCUUCUUUUUAACAUGUCCUUUGAAAUGCCAGGGAGAUGAAAAUUUAUUUAUUUGUUUUCCUAGGAUGAUGCUGAGGCUGCAAUUGACAUGGUGUCUUUUGCAUACUUUCAUAAGGUAAAUGUUUAUCUACUGCAAAGUUCUCACACACCGCUUCUAGAGAAAUUCUUGGUGACUUGGGCGAGCUUCUCACGGCACCAAACGAAUUUUAGACCGGCUCAACAAUUUGACCGGACACUUGGCCCACACGAGACCGUUCAAUAUUUUCUCUCUGUUCACACGGGACUUUGAAGGGCAAGGCGUCUAAAUUUCAUACGGUUAGCUUGGUUCCAUGUGAACGGAAAACCUGAACGCACCAAUUUUCAAUCGGUCGAAAACUCGUCCAGUGCCGUUGAACGUAGCCUUAGAUUUUCUAUCCUGUGAUAUGAUUGGCUAAAAAUUCGCAAAACACUCUCUCGACCAAUCAGGGGUUAAAUGACAGCCAAGACUUGAAUGCGCUUGUUUUCCCGCGCUUGGUGCUGGCCAUGUAACGAGCUUUAAUAUGAUUGGUUCGUUGCCUUGUCAGGCCUGUUGUGAUUGGUUAUUAUUCUCGUUUUGGUUUGGCGACAGCUAAUGACAAGUCGCGCUAAAAUGCUGAUUUGCGUUUCACUUUUAUCAGGUGGAAAAAAGAGAAAAGAAGAAGAGGAAGAACGAAUCUGAAGGCGAGCAAAGUGAAGGUGAAGAGGAGGAAGGUGAAUCGCAGGAGAGCCAGUCACAGCAAAGAACAGCCAAAAGGUUAGGAAAUUAAAAAAUAUUGACUUCGUAGGGGUAACACAUUUCCUGGUAAACAAGUCGUUUUCAAUGUGGCCCACAUGGUUAAGAAUGAAAACAGUGAACUCGGGGCUACCAAAAUAAAUCCAGCUAGCGGUCAGGGUGGGACUUAAACCCGAGACCUCCGGAGUACAAUCUCAGCGCUCUAACCGCUCGGCCACGAAAAUAAUUCCGAUAAUCUUUAUGGCGUAUGGACGAAGAGAAUUGGAAAAAAUAAUUAUAAUUACGAAGUGACCAGUCAACUUACGUACGGUCGUUUCGUCCACGAGUGGUACUUGUUGGGUCAGUUCCCUAACUGCUUUCACCUGAUCAGUGGCUAAAAGAGCGAGGUAUAAACAUGCGUAUCGCACUUUUUUGUAUCAUGGCUGAGAGAACGAAGCAUAUACAUGCGUAGCGCUCGUUUCGCUUCUUAGCGGAACGACAUAAGACGUUAGCAGACGGAACGUUAGCGAAACGACUUGUAGGCAAAACGACCGGUCACCCGGCCGAGAUUUCGCGAUGCCACCACCGGUUUCCCCUCCUAAUACCCUCGCUAUUUGUUACAGUGCCCUUGCCGUUUUGUUAAUAGCAAUUACUUUAUUCAUUUUUCAGUAAAACGGUUCAACAACAAGCCAAGAAACAGAAGGUCGCGAAAAAGAAGAAAGGCGAGGAAGGAUACGACCCUUAUGACUUUGAUGAGGAUGAGGGAGAACACGAAUCUAUAGGUAAAUGAUUUGCUUCUUCUCAAAAACAGUCUCAUCUUUUUAACGUAGCUUGUGCUUACUGUUCAUUACUUCCAAGACUUUUAAGAAAAUAAUAAUUGCGAGCAGUCUCUUUUUUUCUUUAGAUUUUGCGAGGGGAAUGCACGCGCGUGCGAGUGUCCCGCGAAAUCUGAACGCCUGAAAGAAGCUUAGAUUGGAAAUGGUGAAUGUCGGAUGAAAUAAGUCAUUUUGAACUGCCGAUAAAGAUAUGAAAGUGAACGUGAUCUUUGCAAUAGAAUGAACAACCUAAACGAUUGAAAAAGAACCUCAGGCUGAAAAUUCUCAGGCUUGACCGGGAAUCGAACCUUGACCUUUCGAUUGACCAAAAGCCUCACUCUAUCCGUUGAGGUAAUCAAGCCAACUGGAAAGCAGGCUAUUGUGAGUUGGUAAUAUACCCGAUGGUGGAAAGGACAUGAUAUCUUUGAAAUAUUAGUUGAAUGGUUCGUGCCGUAAGUUCCCGUAUUUACACCCUGCAAACAGAGCCUCUUGUUGUCUUCUUGAUCGAUGAGGCUUCGUCGCUCGCUCAGUCGCUGCGCGACCUCAUGCAUUGAAACUCGCUUCGCUCACUUUUAAGAAUUUAUGAGAGGUCGAGUUGUAGCAAGUUUAGGGGGAAAGAGGCUCUGCCUGAAUCAGCCUUUGAGGUCGCCGCAGCCCAAACUUCUGGACUAGUCAAUCUUGUUUUCUCUCGUCAAACUGGUUUUAUCGAGUCCGAGCAUCUGUUUAUUGUUAAACCGAUGGUCAUGAAAGAGCCCGCUGUAGCAAACGCACGACUAUAAGGCCUUGGGUUCGAAAUUAUAUCCCGGCAAGGUGCUGCGCAUGCCCAACAAAGAUCUUAGUCGAUUCAUGAAGAGUCUUUCUCGAGUGCGCUAAAAUCGAUCAAGCAAAAGAAAGGCUUUGCUGGCAGCGUGUACUAUGUAUAUCCCGUGCGUACCAGGGGGUCACAUGAUUAUUAUUGUUUUGUUUCCUAAGAUGUGGUUGAAGAGAUGAAGCGGCGUCGAACGACCAAGACAAGUGACGCAGAGGAGCCCAUGGACACAACUGAAGAUAAAACACCUGUCACUUUAUCGUCCGAAAGGUAUCAUAUAACUUCUCCUUACUGAUUAACUAAAGUUUCUUCUAAUUCAGAAAUAAGAAUUAGUUGUGUAUCAAAUUCCUCUCUAAAGAGGAGAGGAUUAAUGUCACGUUACUAUGGUAGGAAAUUUUUUUUAUUUCAACAAUCUUUCUUGACAGAGACGGCCAUUUGCAUUGUCAAACGAUGGAAAAAAGAAUGGGCUACCGUUUUGUUUCUGUGUGCAAUCUUGCAUAGGAAAGUCAUACCUGACAACUUUUUCGUUUUCUUUCCUGUCAUAUUUACUGGACCAAGGUUGUUGAGAUCCAGAAAUUUCGCUACCAUGGCAACGUGACGUAACGACCUCUCCAUUCUCGAUGGCAUCUUGCUCAAAAAAUGCCUUGUUUUUAAACCCGGGCUUUGUCACCGUCAUCGUUUGAGAUGCUGUCAGUCUUACUGUUCUUCAACAUUAAAAGCGAGAUAUGCUUUUCUUCCAUUGCCGUUUUUUUGAAUGAAUAGGAAAAGUCAGUUGUUAAAGAAGAGCCAAUUACGUAAGAAUCAAGUCAAGUGUAAAAACAAGUGUUCAGUUUCUUUUCCAAAAAGGUGAAGCUGACAUGCGUUAAUCAGUACGCUGAAAGAGAACUCGUAGCCAGAGAAAACAGUCGACAUUUCACGAUGCCACCACUGGUUUCCCCGCGAAAUGACGUCUGAGAAUAAAGCGCGGAAAUUCCAUACUGAUGACGUGUUACUACCCAUAUCUGGGUAGUGCUUCUGAUUGGCUGAAGUAAAUUUACCGCGCGGCAUGACCUAUCAGAAGCACGACCCAGAUCUGGGUAGCGAGGCGUCAUCAGUAUGGAAUUUCUUCGCCCGUUUCUCAGACUUCGUUUCGCGAAGAAACUAGUGGUGUCGUCGAGAAAUGUCGGCUUUUUUCUCAGGCCAGAGAACUCGCAUUUGAUAACGUUUGAGCAGAGAUAACGCUGGUCUAGGUGAUGAAGUCUCUUACGAGCUAUGCCUUGUAAUGAAAUUUUGCGAUUUCUGUUUUUCAGGCUCAGUGAAUUCAAGGCGGCCUUGUUAGGAGCCUUUUCGUCAGCGCAUGCUCAGAGCUUACCGCUGUCCACUGUGAAGAAGUCUUUGAAGGCAUUCAGCGACGCGGAAAUUGAGUCAGCUUUACAAGUUAUGCAAGAUGAUAAUAAAAUAUAUGUAGCCGAAGACAACGUAUUCCUAAUCUAAGAACUGAACAAAUGUAAUGUUAUGGGUCUACCCUUUAACGAGCCAUGUUUGCAAAGAAGUGUUAAUCUCAUAUCCUGAGUGGUUUUUACAUUUUUGUACUUAAAGGAAAACUAUACCAGUGACAACAGUUGUAAAACUACCAAACAGCUGGGUUGAGUUGUUUGAGGGGCUUGCGAAUAGCACUAAUAAUCGAGGAUAGUUAAAUAACUGCUACCACUCAAGUUAUGUUUAUGGUUACCCCAGGUUUAGAACUAACCAGAUAUCGAGGAACUGGGCCAAGAAGUUGAAGCUAAAAAGAUAGCCUGGGACUAGGCUCCGUAGCGGGGGGAAAAGUCAAAAAACGAAGUGAAACAGCAAGAAAGUAAUCGCCAAGUAGUCAUAAUUGGUUUUUUGUUUUGGUUCUGA